UGGCAGUGAUGACACCAUCGACCAGACCACACCCCCUCUUCUUGCUCUUGACAACAUGGGCUGCACACACAGCAAAGAGAACAGCGAUGGGGCCAGUGAGGUCGAUGCCCAAGCACUGUCAGUGUACGGAUCCUCGACAACAGCGGAGUGCUGCGCUCAGCAGAAAGAAGGCGAGCACACUCAGUCGCGUGAUGACUCGACUGACGGACAGCAGGAGAGAGAAAAGCUUUGGAGCGAACCACGACACCAGAGGGCGACAUGGCAUGCACUGCUGGCACAAGCAUUGCACAUCCGGCAGAACCCACGCGAUCGCCCCGCAAACACCGUUGUCAAGCUGCUGACAGGCGACGCUCUCCCCGACAGCGAGAUCCAGACGCUGGGCACGCGACAGCCGGCCAUCCGCCUGUUCCUCUCCUCCACGUUCACUGACACGGAGAUGGAGCGCAACGUCUUGAUUGAGGACGUGUAUCCGUACCUCAAGUCCCUCGGGCAGCGCCUGCGUGUGCAAGUCUACCAGUCCUCUGAGAUGCGCUGGGGCAUCCGUUCCGAGGCCUCUGCCGCCCACGAAACCAGCGAGAUUUGCAUGCGGGAGAUCAAGAGGUGCCAGCAAGAAUCGAGCGGCAUCAGCUACGUGCUCAUCCUCGGCAACAAGUACGGCUUCCGCCCCUUUCCAGCCAAGAUCCCCGAGGAGGAGUUCAAAUUGCUGAAGGAGGAAAUGGCCAAACAAGUCAAGCAAGCCAAGCAAACUGCCUCCACUGUGACCUCAGCUGCGCUCAACAAGGCCAUGGAGUACAUGGACGAGUGGUUCGUCCUGAAUGAGAACGUCGUGCCACCGACCCGCGAGCUCAAGCCCGUGACGAAGGAGCACUCUGAUGCGUGGUGGUCCGACAUCUUCCCCACGCUGCAGACGUGUCUGCGCCAGGCAGCAACGGGAGCUCCUGGGCUGUCUGAUGAGCGACGCGCCCUGUACGUGCAGAGCGUGACGGCGGAGGAGAUUGAGAACGGCCUGUUCAAGGUGCAGCCGAAAGAGGCGCGCGACAAGGCGUGCUUCGUCUUUGACCGGCGGCUGGAGGGCAUUGACGUUGCAUCGGACCCAGACACAGCCAAGCUGUUCAUCGACAUGACCAAUGGCGAGGUGGACGAGGAGGCGCAGCAGCUGCUGGAGCGAUUGCGUGCAGAGGCGGUGCCGGCUGCUCUGUCACCAUCUCGCAUCAAGACCAUGUCCAUCCCAUGGGGACCAGGCAUCGACCUCGCUCGCACCGACCACGCAGAGUACAUGCGCACCUUUGCCGACGCCUUCUGCGACACGCUGGCGACGGACAUUGAGCGUGUUGCGCGCGAGCACGCGUUUGAGAGCGAUACAGUGGUGGAGGAGGCGGCGGCGCACGCCAUGUUCGGCAACCUGCGGCGUCGUGGGUUCGUGUCCACAGCAGCCACGCAGCAGACGGUUGAUGCUGCCCUUGCAUACGUGCAACAGCGCAUCACGAGUGGCAAGGAGGACGCAGCUCCGUUUGCCAUCUGUGGCCCAUCUGGCAGUGGCAAGACCUCACUAAUGGCUCACAUCGCAGGUGUCAUCAAGGAAGCCCACCCAGCUGCCGUUGUGGUGUCGCGGUUCCUGGGCACGUCGCGGGAGAGCGGCGCUGCUCGCACCCUGAUGGCCAACGAGCCAGCAGCAGCGCCAGCAGCCGACUUUGAGAAGCUGACCAAGCAAUUCCAGGCCGCCCUCAAGCUUGGCACUGCUCGCAAACCGUUGGUGCUCGUGCUGGACUCGCUUGACCAGCUCUCAGACGAGGACCAGGGCCGCAACCUGGACUGGCUGCCGCUCGCAUCGCUGCCGCCGAACUGUGCCAUCGUUAUCUCCAGUCUGCCGGAUGUGGGCGGAUGCUGGGAGGUGCUUAAGGCCACGCUGCCAGACACCAACCAGCAGCACGUGGCCAAGAUCAGCAAAGAUGACGCAGACGGCAUCCUGAGCACGUGGCUGGCCGAUGCCAAGCGGUCCCUCACCCCUGCACAGCGCAGUGUUGUGCUGGGCGCCUACGAGUCCUGCCCCACACCGCUGUACCUCCGCAUCUGCACGCAGUUCUUUGCGCUUCGCUGGACCCACACGGACGCAAUUGCACCCGACUUCUUUCCCAAGACGGUGGAGGGCCUGAUGGAGAAGGUUUUUGAUGAGCUGGAGACGCGACAUGGCAAGGAAACGGUGCGAGCAGCGCUCGGGUACCUCUCUGCCUCGCGCGGUGGGCUGAGCGACAACGAGAUGGAGGAUCUGCUGUCCUGCAACGACACCGUUCUGGACGAGAUCUACGAGUGGUGGGUGCCGCCCGUCCGCCGCGUGCCCCCGCUCAUCUGGGCACGCAUCGUGUCUGACAUGGAGGGCGCGUUGGUGGAGCGUGGCGCUGAGGGCGGCGUCACUGUCCGCGCAUGGUACCACCGGCAGCACCGCGAGGCAGCAGAGCGACGCUACCUUGGCCUCAACUCACGCAGUGGUGCUGGUGCUGACACGGGUGAUGAUAGCGACGGUAACGGUGAUGGUGCUGGUGAUACGGUGCUGGCUGGUCGGCUCGAUGACCCGCGCUCCGGUGUUGUGGUCAACGCGCGAAAGGUGGCCGUGCUGCCGUUCCACCUCAUGCACGCGCAGCGGUGGGAGGAGUGCGCGACAAUCCUGUGCAACCUCGAGUUCAUCGAGGCCAAGGCGACAGCGGGGAUGGUGCACGAGCUGUGCAGUGACAUGGUGCGGCUUCAAGCUGGUGCCCGCGCAUGCGCAGUGGAGGGGGAGCAGGAGCAGGAGGAAGGUGUUGAUGUUUGGGUGCGGUUUGUGACGGCCAAUGCCCACAUUUUCGAGCGAACCCCGGAUGCAGUUGUUGCACGUGCGUCGCUGUUCCCAGACUGGACGGCCGUGUUCCAGGCGGCAGACACCGUGCUGUCGGCGCCAGCGUGUCGCCUGCCCCGUGUUCGACAGCAUAACAAGUCGCAGGAGCUUGAACGACGUGUUGCCGUGUUUCCGGGCCCACCGGACUACGAGCGCCGUCUUUUGUUCACGCGUGAUGGGGAGUGGCUGUGCAGUGGUGGUGACACGGGGCAGUUGCGCGUGUGGGAGGCAACGUCCGGCACCCCCGUAACAAAGCUCACCAUGCCUGAUGAAAACGCCAAGAUCUGUCGCAUGCUGCACCUUCCAAACGGCCAUGUUGUGACAGCCUGUGUGACUGGAGCCAUCUUGUCUGACGAACCAGCGCCACUUUGGGUGUGGGAUCUCAAGACACGUGAGCUUGUCCACACGUUUGACGUGUUGAAUGGAGAGGAGCUGUUCUUCCGACAGCUUGCCAUGGCUGAUGGCGACACGGUGGUACUGGCGCUGUGCGACGCAGACGCAAACGCAGACGACGCCAUCAGCGUGGCGGAGCUUGUUGAGGAUGACAGCGACGACGACGACGACGACGACGAUGAUGAUGAUGAUGACGAUGAUGAUGACGUUGUGAGUGCGAACGAUUCAUCAGGCAGUGAUGUUGAAGGCGGCAAUGUCGAAGCUGGCGAUGAGGCAAACAGCAGUGAUGCAGGCGAUGAUAGGGAGGAGAAUGAUGCAGGUGAGAAGGAUGGGGAGAAUGAUUCAGGUGAGACGAGUAAUGCAGGUGAGGAGAGUAAUGCAGCUCAAGCGAGUCAUUCAGGUGAGGAGAGUGAUGAUGACAGAUCCAUUUGCAGCAGCCAGGGGCCCGCGAGCGCUGACGACGAUGCACAACCAAUGACGUGGUUCGGGGAUGAUUGCAAGACAGAUAAUCCAUCUUCGGUGUUGCUGUUCGACACCAACAUCACUCGGUGCUUGUGGCGAGCAACUGUGAAGGACACGCUGAUUCGGGCGGAGCUUCGUGGCACGACAUUGGUCGCUACAACCGAAAGCGGCAGCAUCGUUUGGUACACGCUGGAAGGCGCACCUGCUGUGACACACGUCACCACCACCACCACCACCACCACCCCCUCCACUUCCCCUUCCUCCCAGCCACCUUUUCAAGAACCCGUUGAAGGCAAGCUCACGGAGACAGCACGCUUCACCCCUUCAAAGUGCGGACGACUGUGGGAAAUCCGGCGAACGUGCCUUCUGCCAGACUCCCUCGACGUGGUUGCCGUUUCUGGACAGAGCCUUUUCAAAGUCAGGGCAGAUGGAACCGUCCUUGCCCAGGUUGAACUCGCCACAAAACCGGCUGGUCUGUCCCUGUUGAAGCAGGGCACACUUGCGGCCGUGAGCCUCGUCACGGAGGUGCUGUCCUUCUACGACGUGGAAACGCUCACACACGUAUGGACCAUGUCGCCGGUGGAGGUGGGCGAGCAGGCCAUCUCGCCGGAUGGAACACUGCUCGCAACGGCUGGUUUCACGCACAUCACCGUGCUGAGCCUGACUGGUGUGAACGCAACGCACAGCACGCCACCAAGCGAGGACACUGCCCCGGUACCAAAGUCUCUACUGCCACCCUGCGUUGCGUGCAUGGACGGCACGCCAAACUCCGUGUACACGAUUGCAGGCGAUUGUUCCCGAAUUGAGGUGCGAGACGCAGCAACGCUCAAGUGUCUCAAGGCUGUGGAUGUCUCAAGCUUCGAAGAGGGUGUACAGCACGUGGAGUUGAGCCCAGAUGGCCGCUUCGCCGUGUGCGCGCCCGUGGACUGCUCAGAUGUGAGCAUCGUCGACGUCGCAACAUGCACUGCGCAUGAGGACGUGUUUGACCACUCGGAGGACUGGCGCCAUGGUGCGACAGAAACGUUCUUCUCGCCCACGAGCGACCUCGUCAUUAGCGCAAACGACUUAGGCUCCAUGUGCGUCUUGCGCUUGCCAGACUGCCAAGUUGUGUUUGGACAUGCCGAUGGCGCUGAAACAACGGACCGCUACCACACAGCGGCGCUUCGAGACGUCGCGUGGCAUCCACAAUAUCCGCAGGUGCGCGAGUUUGUGACUGCAUCGCAGGAUGGCACGGCGCGGCGCUGGAGAAUGACGGACGCUGGCCACUGCGAGCUUGUGCGUGUGUUUCAACACGAGGGACGCGGUGUGGUGGCGGUCAGGUGGUGCAUUGUCAGGGAUACUGGUCGUCAGCACGCGGACGGCAGCUGCCAGAGCGACGAUGAGAUGGUGCUGAUCACGGCUGAUGAUCUGGUGCGCAUUCGAGUGUGGCGGCUGGAUGCGGAGGAGCCACAUGCCAUGUGGGCAGCCGAGGACGUGGGCUCCGAGCAAGGACAUAACGUCAGCAUUGCGCUGUUGCCAGAACAGCAAACCCUCGCCACGUCCUGUUCCAACGACACGCGCCACUUUGUCAAGUGUUGGGAUCUCUCUGGCAACCUGAUACACAGCACAACUCGGCACGUGAGCUGGAUCCUCGCCCACCCGAGCGGGCGAUAUCUGGUCGUGCCUGUAUUUGGCGGCGUUGAGCUGUUAGACGCGGCUACAUUUGAGGUGACCUCGCGGGUGUUGGGCCACGACGGCGUUCGGACGGGCGCCUGUCACUUCCGCAUGUCGCCAGACGGCAGGUACGCUGUUUCCGUGUGGCCUGACGAAGCUGUUCUUGUGCAUGAUCUAUCCAAUGUGCUCGACUGUGCACAUGUUCAUCAGGGCACAGAGCAGACAGGCCAGGACGCAGGAGACGCGAUGGCGCUUACCGAUAGCGAAGCGUGAAAAAAAACCCCCGCCUUGAUGAUCAUGCGUCGUAUGUCGUUCUUUCAAAAGCGGAGUUGAAAUGACCAUGACGUCAUGUGUGUGAGAACAUUAAAUGAUUUGCAUUGUGAA